AAGGCCAGGAGGGAAGACGGCAGCAAAUUGAUCUGGCCGGCGGUCACAGAUGGAGACGUGUGAGUGGAGACUGAGUGGCUGAGACCUCUGAGUGUCACGUUCUUUAUCUGCACUGACUCCAGUGUGAUUUCCCAAACAAAACACACUUUCACCCGAGAGUCCUCCGUGUUCUCUUCCACGGACUUCCACUCAUCAAAGUCCUCGUCCACACAACAUAAACACAGUUAUCAGACAACGUAGCUACACGGCCAGUACCAGGAAGAGGAAGUGCUGCAACGUCCUCUCUAUUCGCCACUUGUCUUCCCUUUUCUGACUUAGUGAUACGUUUUCAUUUUAACAGCAGCUUCAAACUGAGUGGAAAAUUGUCCUAAAACAGCGUCUUUUCAGUUCAGCGCAGCCUCCGCCCUCUCAUGUUUCUGUUUUGACACUGGUAGCAUUUGACUACAGUUUUAAGGACCUCACAUCAUCAUAAGUCGCCUAAUUCUGUCAAGUAACUCUCAGAGCACCAAAGGUGCAGUUGUAACCCCAUUCUCAUGAUGGAGGCUGGUAUGUUUGAGUACAACAAAGAGGAGCAGAGUGUGGACUUGGAUUUCUUCCAGGGAGAAAAGAGGAAAAUCAUCCAACCAGCAUCUUUGAAGGACCCUAAAUUUGAAGAUCUAAAACAGGCAUUAGUUGAUUGGAUCAAUGACACUCUGAAAAGAGAGCACAUAGUGGUGCAGAGUCUGGAGGAGGACAUGUACGACGGCUUGAUCCUUCAUCAUCUGCUGGUUAAGUUAGCCGAUGCUCAGUUGUCUGUGGCGGACAUUGCGCUGACCGCUGCUGCGCAGAUGCACAAGCUGGAGUUGGUCCUGGAGGAGCUGGACAAACGUCUGGGCUUGCAGGACAGCAGCCAGAGCAAAUGGAACGUCAAGCUCAUCCACAACAAAGACCUCCUGGCUACCGUUCAUCUGCUGGUUGCCAUGGUGAGACGUUUUCAGCCGGAACUAAAUUUGCCUUCGAAUGUGAAGGUUGAAGUUGUAACAGUAGAGGUUAGCAGUAGUGGGAUCAAAUCGGUUAUACAGACAGAAGAGCUGACAGGAAACAACAGCUCAGAGUCCCUGAGUGAUAGCGGACGGGGAGAUCCUAUUGAGGAACUGCUGAAGCUGGAGGCUUACAAGGUCAACACAGUAAAGAAGGCCAUUCUGCACUUCGUUAACCAGAACAUGUCGUCUCUGGGACUGCAGGUGACCGACAUGGACAAACAGUUUUCUGAUGGUGUCAUCCUGCUGCUGCUGAUUGGACAGUUAGAAGGUUUCUUCAUCCCGCUCAGUGAAUUCACUCUGACUCCUGUCAGUCACUCUGAGAUGCUCGACAAUGUGACCUUGGCGUUGGACCUCCUGUGUGACGUCGGCGUGACGCUGUCCAGUGUGAAGCCUCAAGAUCUUGUCUCUCAGAAUGUCACUGCCACACUGAAGAUCCUCUACGCCCUGUUUAAGAGACACAAAAAGACUGAAACUGCACUCUAGAAGGGAACGAAGAUGAAGAUGAGCAAAUCUAUCACCACGGUCAAAUACUAUUGUUGGGAAAUUUGCUCAGAAUUUCGAUGCUCCUAUCAAUGACGUGAAAAGUUUUGUGGAAUUACAGAAGAGUUCUGCAAAAGGUAAAGGGUAGCCAAACACAACAAUUGCUCAAAUAGCUAAUAGCUAAAAUUACCCCUAGAGACCACUCAAUUAUUGCUGUGUUGGUUACUUAAAACAUGACGUUAUCUUAACAAAUAAUAAAUAAUUAUUAUAAUUCAUAAAAAUAAUUAAUUAAAUUAUUUUUCAAGACUGAUCUAGGGGUUAGCCAAAUGUCCCAUUUAGCUCCAGAUUAGCGAUUGCAGUACCGCCACGUACCUCCUGGGAGAUGGAGGACAAAGUGAUAAUUUCGAGAAGUGGAGUUGGCAAAAAAAAUCUCACAUUUUAAAAAGCCAUUUGACAGUGUGUCAGAAUACAGUGGAGAACCUGGACCUUCGGCCUCAGUCAGGAUGUGAAUGGAUGACCUUGGCUUUACAAGUUACAAGUACAGGAAUGUGUUUCUCUACGUUGUUGAUAGUAAAAUCUUUUAGCGCUUUUACUGACCAGCAGUACAACAUCUUCAGUCCCUGGUGGAGGAUGAGAAAAACUCACCUUGUAACAAUUUUAUUGUUUAAGCUGAAUGAGCUUUGGUGGCAGGUCAAUUUGUCAGCAGUGCAGCCAGUGUAAAAUCGGCUGAGGAAGCCUCUGUAUCACCGCCCUGGCUCCUGGCCUCGGCUGUUUCUACGGUUGUUAUUUUAAAACAUGGAUUCAUGGUGGAUUUAUAAAUAAAUCCGUCUCAUGCUCUGCCACCAUCUGGUCCAAUCAAGAAUAACCGCGGUACAAAUUCACAGCUCUAUUACAUAUUAUUCACUUCCUACGGGCAAUUACUUCUUAAUAUGAAUAAAAUAUUAGGUGAUUCAUCUGUGCUCUAAACAGAACUGCAUGUGUUUUUGUUUAAAUGUUUUCAACCCGUUUGUUAUUCUUCUGUUUUUCUUAUUUUCACUGUGACAAGUCUGCAGCAAAACUGGGAUUUUGCUGAACAACAGGAGAGUUGUUUUUUUGUUUUAAGAUGCUGUUCAAUAAACAUGUUUUUGUAA